GAGACUACUAUUUGUAAUACCUUAAAUAAUAAAAUUUUAAAACAAAAACAAAAAGAAAUAUUCCCAUGUUUGCGGAGCAAAAUGGGCUUUCAGCUUCAUGAAGCCCAAUGGACCCAAUGGGUAGAAUCUGAAAAGGACUACACAGAUACACUUUAUAAUUAAAGUGCCAAAAAUCAAAGCCAAAGAGAAUUUUAAAAGCAGCAAGAAAGUCCCCAUAAGAUUAUCAGUGACAUCUGAAUGGAAGCUGCUCCUGCUGAGGCUUCUGAAGCCCCUCUCUUUGCUAUGCCCUUUGUUGCAUGUCCCUCCUCUGUCACUGCCUCUCCUGACUUCCAGGGUUCCAGGCUCUAUAGCUCCAGCUACUUCCCUGUUUUUGGUGUCUAUAUACAAACAAGAGGAUUCCUGUGGGCUGCUCUUCCCCUGGCCUCCAGGUCCUGACUAACUGUUUUUGUCCUCCAUUCCUGCUGCCACAUGUCAUGAUGGCUGAAAAUCACUGUGGGGCUGCAGGAGGAGGGAGACAGUGUCUGGAAACACUCAGAAAAUUACUUUCACUUCUCUUUUCCCCAUUUGGGUGGAGCCCUCCCAGGGUGAGUUCACUCACUUCUUGCUUAGGGCUUUGCAGCCACAGCGGGCCUUGGCUGGGGAGAUUGGAAGGAUCAGAGGUCCAGGCAGGACCCAGGGCAGGACGAUGGCCAGUGGCGGCAGCGACCUCAGCACCAGGAUGUCUGUAGAAAACAAGCAUAUCUAUGACAUUGCUCUCUGCCACUUCAAAACACAGAAAGUCAAAAUUUCAAAUAUAAUAAAAGUAUCAUUUCCUUUCCUUGAACUUCUCCGUGACUAUGGAUUCAUCAGCAAUGAAAUAUAUGAAAAGUCUAAGGAAUCUUUUAAAACACCGGGUUCGGAACAGAAAACCAUAAUUGAUGUUCUCAAUGAAGUGGAGAAGACAUUUAACCUGUCCCUUCUGGAAGCAUUGUUCAGCGAGGACAUCAUGGACACCUACCCUGGUUUAAAUGAUAUUUAUAAAACCUUCAAAAAAGUGAUACCAAACAUAGAACAGUUCCUAAAAAGUGAUGGAGAAGAAAAUGAGGAGAGGCCUGAUAUCCAACAGAGCCUUGAACAAGGUACAGCCCCACCUGUAAAUGGCCUCUCAGAGCAACACCAUGAAACACAAGAGAUAAAUGUGAAUGAAACAGGUACCACCAGUGACAACAAUGAUGCACUAGAAAGCAGACAAAGAAAUGAACAAUGUGCCCAUGAAUCUGAGCAGGAAGGAAUGGAGCCACCCCGCCAUGGAAACCAAAUCAAUAACCUGGUGAAAAUAAAGGAAGAAGAUCUGUCUUUAAAUUCAGAUGUUGAAUGGGAAGCCCAAGCAAGGACUGACUGUAACAAGGCAUCUGAAAUAAUAGUGAUCGACAGUGAGGACUCCAAAGAAUCCAGUGAUGGAGAUGUGCCCCCCAAGGCUUCCAGCUCAGCACUGAAAAGGAAAACUGGUACUAUGGAUUUUGGAAACAACUCCAUUUCAGAAAGAGCCAAGAGGAGAAGAAGGACAAAAAUGCGCACAGAUGAGACUGUGGAUUUUAAAGCUGAAAUACUUCCUGUGACCUGUGGGGAGAUGGUGGGCAUGUUAAUUAAGAGAAAAUUGAAACGAGGAGCCACGGUGAAGUGUAUAAGGAGAGAGGAUGGAAAUUGGUACACCCCCAGGGAAUUUGAAGUUGCAGGAGGCUAUGAAAAAUCAAGUAACUGGAAGAACAGCGUGUGCUGCGGUGGGACAACCCUAAAAAACCUGAAAGAGUAUCUACCUGAACUUCCAGGAAAAGGUGGCAUGAAGAAAAAGGGACAAAAAUGCGCACAGAUGAGACUGUGGAUUUUAAAGCUGAAAUACUUCCUGUGACCUGUGGGGAGAUGGUGGGCAUGUUAAUUAAGAGAAAAUUGAAACGAGGUGGAUGUAUCCAUGAGGAUGCCCAAGGAACCAAAGAGAAGUGCAGAAACGUCAGUCUGUGGGUGGAAAAUAUUGCAUACUUUAUUUUGAAUCAGCUUCCACCUUCAUGUCCUAUACCCCUUCUGGAAAUCAUCAACAAGACAGGGUGUUUGUUGUUGUGAGGAGUUCACAAAAUUUAAAAUCAGAAAACCUGAGUCCCAGCCUCAGCUCUUCCAAGAGUGACUGAGUAAAGAAUGGGACUUUUCUGAGCCUGAAACUUCUCAUCUAAUAAAUGGAUAAUAAUUAAAAACCUGCCUCCUCGUGUGACUUUGAGACAAUGUACAUAAUGACUGUAAAAUGUUUUCUGAUUUGAACAUUAUAAAGCUUUCCAAUAGUUGUCUAUUAUGAUGAACCCCAUAUCAGAUUAAUCUUAAUGUGGGUAUGUGAAAAAAUUAUAUGUUUGCAUCAAAACUAUUUUUAAACAGCUUUACUGAGAUAUAACUCACAUAUAUACUAGUAAUUCACCAUUUUAAGUGUAGAAUUCACUGUUGAGCUUUUUGUUUCUGUUUUGUUUAUUCACAAGAUUAUAAAACCAUCAUUACAAUCUAAUUUAAGAACAGUUUUGUGCCCCACUAAAGGAAACACCAUGUUCUCUCAGGAGUCAAUACCCACUCCCACCUCACCCCACCAUCCAGCUCUAAGCAACCACUCAUCUCUUUUAUGAUCUAUAUACUGGCCUAUUCUAAAUAUUUCAUAUCCAUUGACUCAUAUAACAAGUGCCUUUUGGUGACUGGUUUUCACUCAGCAUGAUGUUUUCCAGGUUCAUAUGUAUAUAUCAUGCAUUAUACUUUAUUCUUUUUUAUUGUCAAACUAGAGGCCCGGUGCACAAAUUGUGCACUAGUGGGGUCCCUUGCCCUGCCCCACAAUUAGGGCCAAACAGGGACAUGUCGCCCAGUCUUGAUGGGGGCCGAUGGGGGCCAGUGGGCUGGGGAGUGACCGUGGGAAGUUGGCUAGCCAGCCAGGAAGGGACCACAGGAGGGCUCCAGGGAAU